CCCCCUCUAGUGCCCCAAAGUAAUUGGUCUCUACCAUUGACAAUUGGUUCCAUCAGGUCAAACAGGUGUUCACAGGUUGCAUUUAACGUUGAACCACAACCGACUGAACAAUCAUUUACUCAGUCACAUCGUAUUGAAUCCUAUCUGAAUCAUUUGUACGGACAUAAGUUAUUCCUCCAAGUGAUAACGAUUCAGUUGUUUAAAUUUUUCAUAGCCAAUACCUGGAGAACACUCCGUGUUGCCGCAUGCGUUUAUUUUAUUAGCUCUUUUGUCUGGAUAAAAAGAAUUCUUCGAUUUGGGACACGAGGGAAUUUUACGGGGACAAUUGUUAGUUGUACUUCAAACAAAACCGUUGGCGGUACUUGAAACUAUUUUUAUUGAGAAUAUGUGCUGUUGGGGCUCAGUGCAACGAGUGAAGGAAAACUGUGAGGUUCAGGGAUCUGGAUAGAAGAAAUCACCGGUUUUUUAUUUAAACAUUUCCAUUCCCCACAACUACCGAUCUCUGCGAAUAUUCCACGUGUCACGGUGAAAUAUUAUGUAACGAGGAAAUGAAAAACAUCAGUGAACACAUUUUCCUUUAGUAUGGCGAGGUACAAAGGCAAAACAGCGGAGAAUUAUUCAAAAAAUCAGAUAACAACUCGUUAAAAUCACCUCGAAGUUUUUGGCCUGUUAUUUUAUUUUUUUCUCUCUUUAUCUUCGCGAGCUCAAGGCGAAAAUGCGAAGGACAUACCACGAGACUGUCGUUAUAGUUUGUCUGAUAAUUGUUACUGUUACAGUAGGGGGCGAAAAAUGCGACGAGGGAUGGGAGAAGAUUGAGGGGGUGAAACCCGAGACAUUUAAUUCCGUGAAGACCCUCUACCUGGGGGAAAAUUCCCAGGGGAUCGUCACUAUCUGUUUCGACAGAUGUUUAAACACCACGAAUUGCACGUCAUUUUUGAUAGAUUUUGAAAGAAGUUUAUGCACCAGUGUCACAGAAUUAAGUACAGACUUGGAACCAGCGGAAAAUUUCACUCUCUACCAGAAAAUAUGCCUGAGAGUGCCUCCAGGGUGCAGAGAGGAUCGACUCUGGCAAGUGGAAAGAACCUUGGGAGCUGUUCUGAUUGAUACUAGAUAUUUAUCGCCACCUGAGGUUCUGUCAAGGAGUCAGUGCUAUCAGAGAUGCAUUGAAGAGGGUCGAAAUUGCAAAUCUGCUCAAUUCAGAACGAGUCAGCCUCUGGCUGUUGGCGAUUCAAAAGGCAUUUGCACACUUUUGAAUAUUGAGAGAAGUGUCAGACCCCAGUCCUACAGGGCCUCCAUGUACCGAGAUGAGUACUUGGAACCUCAGUGCCAUAAUUUAUCGAGUCUAGAUUUCUGCUCUUACGCAGAAAUUCAGAAUCAGACUUUGCCAUAUGCGGAUCGGAAGAUCCAGGGACUAGAUGCUAAACAGUGCGAGGCGCGGUGUAACAGAAGUGGAGAUGGAUUCAUCUGCAGAGCUUUUACGCUUGCUAAUGCAACGGGUCAUGGGGAAAAUUCCUCGACGUGUUUGCUGCACUCUCAUGAUACGAUAAGUACAGGCGUCAGUGCGCUGAUAAAGAGGGCAAAUGUAAUUUAUAAAGAACGAGAGCCCUGUUUAAACCUUAAAGUCUCAUGCACGAACGAGAGUUUAGUCAUUCAAUUGGAGACUCAAGAGCCAUUCACAGGUCGUCUCUAUGCAAGUGGUUACAGUGAAACUUGCGAUGUCCAGGGGACAGGAAAAAAUACAACGACCUUGGCCCUCAGAAUUCCCAGCGAAACGGAAUUAGACGAGGGAAAUGUCAAUUGCGGGAUCACCCCUGCAUACGCUCUCGAAGCCGAAAAUCAAACGCGAGCAGCCAUUUGGGUGACUUUGGUGGUACAAUUUAAUCCGAUAAUCCAACGACUUGGAGAUCAAUCCGUGAGGGUUGGAUGUACAUUGGACAAUGGCGAAAUUCCACUGCCCAGAAAUGUCAGCGUGGAAACCGGUUAUGGCUUCUCAAGUCCCGAUGCUGGACUGCCACCUCUAACUGCCACAGUAUUUAACACAACAUCCCCGCCAGUUCUGCUGAUGAAAAUUGUUGAUGAAAACAUGAACGACAUAUCUUUCGCGAAUUUAGGACAGCGAUUAGUUUUAAGGAUUGAAAUUUAUCCACCGGACGGGCCAUACGACAUCACUGCAAGACAUCUUGUAGCAAGCAGCGCCUCUGGGGAUCAAUCCAUUCUCCUCCUAGAUGAAAUUGGAUGUCCAGCCGAUCCUCACGUAUUUCCACCAAUGGUUAAAGAUCCAUACGACAAUAAAUCGUUGAUCUCAACAUUCACUGCUUUUAAGUUUCCACGGAGUUAUCGAGUUAGAUUCAAUGCCGUCGUCAAGUUCUGCAUUAACGAGUGCCAACCGACAAAGUGUCGGGAUUUAGUGGUGUCAUAUGGAAGACGCAGACGUUCUGUCAACGAAAUAAUUCCUUCGGAGAUCCCUGAAAUACCUCUGGAGGAACUUCCACUGGAUACUUCGAUCGUCGUGAGAGAGGCGUCUGUUGCAGCUGUUCCUCUGCGAUCUGGCAAUAGACCAGAUACAGUUUUAAUUUCCGGCGAACAAUCGUCGGAUCGUCUUCUCUGCGUUGAUCCAGCUCUGGCACUCGGUCUCUUGAUAUUUUGGCUGAUUGUUCAAAUCCUCUUGACAAUCACCUGCAUUUACGUCAUCAGGAGGUACAGGAGAUUAGCGAGAAAAGCUGAGGAGGAUCGUGCUGACGUAUUGGCACGUCAUCUUUAUGGAAUUCAUGGAGGAAAUUUUGAAAUAUCGAGGAGAGUCAGGUGGGCUGACCACAACGGCUCCAGUGUUUUCUACGGAGUAGAUCCAUAACUCGAGGAUAUUUUUCGUCGUUCGCACUGAGAAAAGAAUAUUCAAACUCAAAUCUUAUCGUUAAAUUCCAAUUGAUGGUUUUAGAAUCUAUCCACUCAGUAAAUUCGCACUCACAAUUUAAGGAAUAAUUUAUCGAAUAUUGGGAUGAUUAAAAUAAUUCAGUGGUUGUUGAAUCCUUUCUCGUGGCAUUUAUGACAGUUUCGAGGUUAAAUUUUACUCUAGGAUGUGUUCAUGCUGAUUAGCAAUUUAUUAUUUUAGUAUUCAACUCGGGCAUUCAUUUUUCCAGUUGAGCUGUUCGUUAUUAUUGACAGAUAUUAAUUAAUUAUUGAUUAGUACUGUGUGAUUCUAAUUAAUUUAUCGUAUAGUGAUAGCUGCAUUUCUCAAACUGGUGUUCAUUGUUUAUUUAAUCAUUAGUUAUGGCCAAAGAUCAGCCGUCCGGAUUAGAAUGUAAAUCAGAAUUUAGACGUCAUAAUAAAGUUCUUAAGAAAAUAA